AUGCGAUUCGCACUCAACUUCUUCAGAUCCAUUGCUUGGGCGGGCUUUUUGCCUUACCUAAGCCGAAGCCGAGUUGAAGCAUGCCCCGCUUUGAUCACUGCAAUCUCAAUCCCGACAUGCACAGUUCAAGACAUCACAUUGGUUGAUGCAUCGCAUGCACAACUCGGAUCGCUCGACCUCAACGCCGCGCCCUUCAGGCUUUCAGAAGCGCCUAGCUCAGCGGCGCGUCAAAGCACGGCGGAAAACACCGAGAUGACCAAGGCAAUAGACUCGCGGCAGGUGGCCGAGAGGAUGCUCUCCUGGGUCGAUCUCGAGCUGGUGUCCUGCACCGAGCUUCAGGCUCUCUGGGCUGGCUACGGGCAUGUUUGUGCUAUAGAGGCGCGCGGGAAGUCAGCAGAAACUACGGAACGGUGGUGCAAGGAGCUGGGCGAUGACGUUUACUGUGCGGACCGGGACACUUUCAGGCUGAUCCUCAAGUUCGUCUCCCCGCCGCCUGCCGUCGACUCGCAGGACGAAGGCCAUUUGCGCAAGAUUAUGAGCUACCAGGUUGAGCAGGCCUUCUACGAAGAAGUUGCCGGUGGCUUGGAUGAAAGUACCGUCGUGCCUGUAUGUCUCGUAUCGACACGCUCAUCCCCCGCACUGGAGGGCGUGGCCGAGUUGCGGCAUGUGACCGCGACUCUAUUGACAGAUCUGCGGCCCAAAUUCCCUAUUGCUGGGGAGAAGCGGGCUGCUCUCAACGAAAGGCAGGUCUCUGCUGCUCUGAACUGGCUGGCUAGAUUUCACGGCAACUACUGGAAGGGGCCGGUCUCCCACUUUGAUCGUCUCGUCUUGCCUCCGCUCGAGGAAUACAGAAGGAGGAAUCCUGGUGGUAAUAGGGAGCAUGGAUGGGUGGGAGAUGCACUCUGGUUGAAUGGAGGGUACACAUACCUUGCCACAAGACGGACAGAGUACAGCUACCUUGCGGAGGACGAGUCAUCCGAAUGGUCAACUGCAUUUUGCGACCCUGUUGCAGAGGGCCAGGCGGCAUCCACGGCGGAGACGGUGGCCGAGUUCCUCACCCCAAAAGGCAGACCCUUUGAGACUUAUAUCCACGGGGAUGUCAAGUCGGAGAACCUCUUCUCAACUGAAGACGGCCAGCAGGUGGCCUUCUACGACUUCCAGUACGUGGGCAUGGGCUUGGGUGUCUGCGAUCUGGCAAAGCUGUUCACUUGCUCUGUGCCCCUGAGUAUGCUGGUCGACAGCGCAGUGACGGAGCACUCUCUCCCCAUGGGCAAGGGUGAGAAGCAACUACUCGAGCAGUACCGGGAGACACUUCUUGAGAACAGGCAUGCUAGAGGGAAUUUCCAAUACGAUUGGGAUGUCUUUGUACGACAUUGGGAGUGUGCACUGGUCGACUGGUGCCGGUUUCAGGCGUCGUGGGGCUUCUGGGGCAAUACGGCGUGGCUUGAGGCGAGGACGAGAUCAAUCCUCGCAGACGAGGGUUGGAGACAAUGGCUUCUUCAGAAUACAGAGUAG